AGCACCAGCGCUUCCUGGUUACGCAUUCAGGAAGUUAUUUUAAAGACUCAAUUCUUUUUGAAAUUAUGAAUAUAACAUAAACUUCACAUAGUAUACAACUGCUCUAAAAUGUUAUAGUUCAUUUGGUCGCAUCACUGUGUCUAUGGAGAAACGCUCCCCGAUGGUGACAUAGCAACUAGGUAAUUUUACGAACAGACUUCCAGACGUGCGCCACGUCAGUACCUCUCAAGGAUACAGAUUUCGAAAACGGGAGGACGGACAGGAUUGGGUUGGAAUUAAAUCCCUUAUCAGUUUAUUGGAAGUAACAAAAAAAAAACAGCGCUCAGCGCUGGCAUUUGUCUACUAAAACUCUCUCUCGGACUCCGCGGCUGGGAGUUCACAAAGCUGCCAAAAUGACAGCUUCAAAUUGGGGUCUGAUCAUGAACGUGGUCAACAGCAUCGUUGGAGUCAGCGUGUUGACUAUGCCUUUCUGCUUCAAACAGUGUGGCAUAGUGUUGGGCACUCUCCUGCUGUUUUUCUGCUCCUGGAUGACCCAUCAGUCCUGCAUGUUUCUGGUCCACUCUGCCAGCAACACCAAACGCAGGACCUAUGCAGGCCUAGCUUUUCAUGCCUAUGGAAAACCCGGAAAAGCUCUGGUAGAACUGAGUAUGAUCGGUCUUAUGCUGGGGACGUGCAUUGCCUUCUAUGUGGUCAUUGCUGAUCUGGGCUCCAAUUUCUUUGCUCAGCUGCUUGGCCUGCAGGUGACCGGCGGGUUCCGAGCUCUGCUCCUGGUGUCCGUGUCCCUGUUGGUGGUUCUGCCCCUGAGUUUGCAGCGGAACAUGAUGUCUUCCAUCCAGUCCUUCUCAGCCAUGGCCCUCAUGUUCUACACUCUAUUCAUGUUCACGAUGGUGCUGUCCUCCUUCAAACACGGCCUGUUCUCUGGCCGCUGGCUCGAGCUGGUCCAGUACGUGCGCUGGGACGGCGUCUUUCGCUGCAUCCCCAUCUGCGGCAUGGCAUUCGCCUGUCAGUCGCAAGUUCUUCCCACCUAUGACAGUCUGGAUGAGCCGUCGGUCAAAAGAAUGAGCACCAUCUUCACCCCGUCCCUCAGCGUAGUCACAACCUUCUACAUCACAGUGGGUUUCUUUGGAUAUGUGAGCUUCACUGAGACCAUUGCUGGGAAUGUGCUGAUGAACUUCCCGUCCAACCUGGUGACUGAGAUGAUCCGUGUCGGCUUCAUGAUGUCCGUCGCCAUCGGCUUCCCCUUGAUGAUCCUGCCCUGCAGGCAGGCCAUCAACACAAUGCUGUUUGAGCAACAGCAGAAGGAUGGCACCUUCGCUGCGGGUGGAUACAUGCCCCCCCUGCGCUUCAAAGUCAUCACCCUCUGCAUCGUCUUCGGCACCAUGCUGGGGGGCAUCCUCAUCCCCAACGUGGAGACCAUCCUGGGUCUGACGGGAGCCACCAUGGGAAGUCUGAUCUGCUUCAUCUGCCCAGCGCUUAUCUACAGGAAGAUCAUGAAGAAUGGACUCGCUGCUCAGGGAAGCCAGUGAAUCCGGCUGUGGACCCUGGUGAACUGGCCAACAAACCCAAGCCCCCCGUAAAGCAUCCAGUGGAGGAGCAGCCGAAACCGCCCGCUGAGGGUCUGCGUCCAGCGGGGCAGGUGCAAGGCGAGGCCCCCCAGAUUAAGGGCCCUGUGGAGGCCCCGGACGCCAAGGCCAAAGGGGCGGAGGUGCAGCUGGACCGACCUGAAGCAGGUGUGGCGGUGCCGGACGGUGAGGCCCACCGGCACGAGCCGCCCAUCCCGCAGGACGAGGUCAUGGUUGACGAGAGGAAGAACCGGGAGGAGCUAGAGGAGGAGGAGAAGCAGCAGCAGGAGGAGGCGGAGAAGGAGGACGAGGAGGCCCAAGGAGCCGGCCAGGACCAGGGAGCAGCAGAGGAUGCUGGGAAGGCGGCAGCCGAGGAGGGGGAGGAGAAGAAGAAAAAAGAGCAGGAGGCGGCCAAGGUGAAGAAGGGUGGACUGGACAAACAACAGCCAGCAGGUGGCGCAGCACAUCCCAACGAGGUGCUGGACAAAGCCGUUCAGGCCGGAGGAGGAGGGGAGAAGGUUCCGGAACCGGUGCUGGUCCACAAGGAGCUGCCCAAGCCUGUCGUGGCCGACGGGGUGAAAGUGGGCAGCCUGGAGAAGGUCGAGGAUCCGCUGGCUCCUGCGAAAAAUGAGGCGGGUGCCGUGGGCCCAGACGCGGAGCUGCACCAGGGGGCCCAGUCCCAGGACCAAAAGGAGAAGGACGGCACGGAGGUGAAGGAGGCCAAAGAUGGCGCCGGCGGAGACGACAAGAUGGAGGGUGAGUCACACACUCAUCGAACAGCCAGCCAGGGUCAAAGGUCAAAUGGAAGGGAGAACUCUCAAGCAGUCAUUAAAAAGCUUGUUGCAGAGGGUCAGCUGGACCAUGCAGUGCUGCUGCAGGUGAUUCAGGAGCAGCAGAAGCAGCAGCAGCGUCUACUGGACCAGCAGGAGAAACUACUGGCCGUCAUCCAGGAGCAGCACAAGGAGAUCCACCAGGACGCCAAGCAGCCCAAUGCUGUUGAGGGUGAAGCUGGUGCCAAGCCUGUGGGGGAGGCAGCGGUGGACGGCGUUGACCCAGCCAUGCAGCUCCCAGCUGGGGCAGCCGCCGUGGGCCAGCAGCCUGGAGCUCCAGAAGCCCCCAACCAGCCUGGAGGUGGAGGCGGAGGUGCAGUUGGAGGUGAACCCGAUGCUGUUGGAGCAGAUCAUGUAGUGAAGGUCCCCCAGGCUCUGGAUGGGAAGGACAGUGCUGCCCAUGUGCCACUGGAUGGCGCUGUGCCAGUGGCAAAACAGGAAGUGGCAGAGGCAGCAGUGCCCGCCCCUGAAGUGGUCAAGAAAGAGCUGGGUGCCCGAGGGGUGCCCUUACGUCAGCACGUGCCGGACCAACCACUCGCCCAACCUGAUCAGAAACCCCAACAAGCACAACAGCAACAACAACAACAAGCACAACAACAACAACAGCAACAAGCACAACAACAACAAGCACGACAACAACAACAACAACAACAGCAGCAACAGCAGCAGCAACAACAGCAGCAACAACAGCAGCAACAGCAGCAACAACAGCAGCAGGCAGUAGCCCAAGAGGACGCCUCACUGAAGCAGAAACUCGAUGAGCUGAGCCAACAAAAGCAGAAAAAGGAGGAGGAGGAGGAGGAGGAGGAGAGGAAGAAGGUGAAGGAGCAGGAGGCGGAAGAGCACCAGCUGCGUCUGGAGAAGGAGCUGGCGGCGCAGCGGGAGGAGACGGUGCGUCUGGCGCGCGAGCGGGAGCGCCAGCAGCUGGAGGAGGAGCGCGCCCGCCUGGAGCUGGAGAAGGAGAAGGCCCAGCUGGAGCUGGAGGCCGAGCGCGCGCGCCUGGAGGCCGAGAAGCUGCGCCUGCAGCUGGACAAGGAGAAGGCCCAGCGCGAGGCCAACGAGCUGGCCGAGGCUGAGCGGAAGAUGCGCGAGCUGCAGCGGCAGCAGCAGCUGGACCAGCUGGACCAGGAGCGGAGGCAGGAGGAGGAGGAGGCCGUGGACGCCCAGAACGCCCGCGAGAGGAUCAACCAGGACGGAGCACGGGCGUCCUUGAGCCUGAAGGUGAAGAACCGGGACCUGAAGGUGAACAUGGACGACGGGCUCGUCCAGGGCGAAGAGGAGGAGGAGGAGGAGGAGAAGAAGAAGAAGCGGGAGCUGGCAGGAGGAAGCGACGGAGGCUUGGGGGAGGGAGAGAAGAGAUCCGGCGCUCAGGAGGCGGUCAACAAGAGCAGGGACCACGCGGCUCCCGGCGGGACUGACCUGAAGAGACGCCGGAGGAGGAACGUGCGGCCCCUGCGGGACGAGGGGGGGGACGCAGGGACGGUGCCCAGGCUGGAGGCGCUGCUGGACAUGGGCCCACAGGACCUCCACGCCGCCCUGGAGAGUCAGCUGCUCGGGGAGACGCUCGUGCACACGCGCCAGAUCAAAGAGAGCCAGGCCAAGGAGGAGUAGAAGUGUGUUUGUGUGUGGUCUCCUGUGUACACACACACACACACACACACACACACACACACACACACACACAC